ACUACAUUUGUAAUUCGGUUCGGUUUGUGAUUUGGUAUUUUGGUUCGGUUUUAAACCGCCGUAGUCUCACAAUUUCUCCCCUACUCGUAUUUGCUCCAAUUUUCCCACUCUCCUAAAUCUCCUUCAAAGACUAUUUGAUAAACCCUAAAUUACCUCAAUGUUGAAUAGUCGAAUCUAAUUUCAGUAAUUUGUGCUCAGUUCGUUAAUUUGAAGCUUUUUUGUUGGCAAUUUGCUUGAAUUCUCUAGAAAUUUGGUCAAUCCGCAAUUCACAGUCACACUCUCACGUACUGUGUGGAUCUGGAGACAUAAUUUCUUCCAUCAACUCAUCAUUGGAUCAUAUUAUAGGUUAACUUUCUCUCUCAUAUCGCCGCCGUGUUCUACCACCCCCAUCAAACAUAACCACCACGUCCACCAGAUAAUCAGUCCAUUAAAGCUUGAAGAUGGCUAAGAAUUCUUCAAAUUCCAAAGUUGUGACUCCAAUUACAUGUCCUCACUGCGCUGGUCCUCUCUCUAAACAAAUGGAAACUAGUCGUUGGACAGUUGCGCCGCUUGUUAGAGACAGCUUUUCUAUGAUUGGUUCUGCUGUUGGUGGUACUACUAGUGCAUUUUAUGCAUUCAAUUUUGUUAUGCCGACUGUUCGUAAGUGGGUCAAAGGGCCAAUGUGGUUUCAUUUCCUUAUCGGAGCACCACCAGUGAUAGUUUUUUCUUCGGCCUGUGCUGGGCUGGCAGGUGGUGCAGUUCCAGCCUUGGCUCAGCUUGCGUCUUCAUCAUAUCAUGCUGCGAUGUUAUCUUCAUCACAUUCUUCUCAGGAUGACAAGACUAACAAAUCUAGGGGUUCCUCAACUUUGUAAUAUACAGCUGAUUGUGGGAGAGGGAUGAAAUUACUUCUUGUGCCAGUCACCUGCUCAGUAAAUUCUGGAUGUUGCAUCUUGCUUCGGGCUUAUUUCUGAGGUGAUGCUCAUUUUAUAUUGAGUGUAGCCUCUCUUUGUGUUUUGGGCUUCUUUCAGUGUCCUCUAUCGGUUUCUUUGCAGUAUUCUUGAGCCACCUCUAUUACUUACUUACAUCAUGUAUAUCCAUAUUGGGGAUUUCUUUAUUUGUAGUUUGCUUGUCAAAACCUACCAGGGGAUUUCUGAUAGCUAUAUAAUAGGAUUCCAAACCUAAUAUCUGUGAGGGUUCGAUACAUGUCAUCACAGAGGGUAUUAUAAAUUGCCCUUUUUUUUCUGACCCCUUUUUUUUUAGGGGUGAUACCAAGUAAAAUCUUGUAUAUACAUGUUUUGGAUUUUAAUUUUCAUAGGUAUUUUACAUUUAUACUUAGUGAAUUUAGCAAUUAGCUCAAUCUCAGUACUUUCUUUUAUUCUUCAUAGUAACAGAAAGCUUGACUUCACUAUAA